ACUUAUGUUCCUGCCGAACAUUUGAAACUUACCUCCCUCAAACUCACUGUCCUCACCUCACUGUCCUGAACUCUACUGGCCGUAUCUGGACAGUGGUUGUGAUUUGACUCUUUCCAAUCUCAAAAGGGUUUUCCAAGGGAGCGGACAUAGGGGGAUGUUAACUUGUGACCUUCCAAGAAUGAAGAAGGUUCCAAGGACCGAAAUAGGUGCAUCAUGUCCUUGGACUACUUAUCAUUGAUGAGCCCGAUCAACGGCCAGCUCAUUGAAAUGGGUUCAGCAGGUCGCACCCCUCGUCUUCAUCUCGUACCACCAUGAUUGCGCGUCAGGAUGAUGAGGAGACUUCUCUUCUGCAACAGCCAGAGCAACCGAUGACCAGCACACCUCUGCCCUGGGAUCAAUUCUGGAUCAUAUUGUUCUUGCAGUUUCCAGACUCACUUGUUUUUCAGACCCUUGCCCCAUUUAUUCCCCAACUAAUCUGGGACAUUGGCGUGACCCACGGAGACGAAUCCCAGGUUGGACACUAUGUCGGCAUCCUGCAAUCAUCGUAUUAUAUGGCUCAAGCACUGACUAUUCUCCAUUGGAGUCAACUGUCAGAUCACAUUGGGCGGAAGCCUUUGAUACUGACCGCUCUAUUCGCAAUAGCGGUUUCGACGUUCUCGUUUGGAAUGUCGAAAACAUUUGUCGGUCUGGUGAUCAGUCGUGUUUUCUGUGGGGCAUUCAAUGGGAGUAAUGGUGUCGUCAAAAGCAUGGUGAUGGACAUUACUGACACAACCAACUUGCCGAAGGCAUACGGCUACAUGCCGCUCCCAUUGAUGCUGGGAACCAUAGUUGGACCACUCGUCGGGGGAUCGCUCUCCCGACCCGCAGAUAGGUUCCCUAAUAUAUUUGGGCGAUCAGAACUCCUGAAAACCUACCCAUACCUCUUGCCAUGCGCUGUUCCGGCUAUAUUUGCCUCGGUGGCUUGGCUAGUCACGUAUUUCCGUUUCAAAGAGGUGAGGUUGAUUUUUCAAAGAUCAUGUCUGGAUGACACUAAGUGUGGUAAUGAGAGCGUUUCAACAAGUGCGCCACUUUUGGGCUUGCUCAAAGGAUGGUUCUCGCGACAAUCGCAUACACAGCAUUCCAUGCCAUCGAACAAUGCCAUGGUCAGCUCUGGGGAAGCGAAUUCUGAACAAGUUCCAUCAAAGCCGCUUCCAUUGCGUGCCUCACUAACACCAAAAGUCCUGACUGUAACAGCCAGUUACGUCACUAUGGCUGUAUUAUAUAUGGCAUUUAGCUCGAUCCUACCUCUGUUUUAUGCGACGCCGAUUGAACUCGGUGGACUUUCCCUUGAUCCUCCUCGCAUCGGCGCUACACUUGCGGCAUCAGGUCUCGCACAUGGCAUAUUCCAGCUACUUUUCUACGCUCGUCUAAAUGAUCGCUUUGGCGCAGGAGCCAUCCAUACCGCCGGUGUUAGCUCCGGUAUACCUAUCGUCAUUUUAUUCCCAGUGAUCAAUGUUCUAGCCCGAGUCCAUGGAGUGGGUUUGAUAGUGUGGUUUUGUGUUGCCGUGCAACAUGCGCUGACGACUAGCCUGAUGAUGUGCUAUCCCUGCAUGGCGUUGUUUAUUCGAGCAGCUGCUCCCAAUCGCGCCUCGAUUGGGACAACCAAUGGAAUUGCCCAGAUGGUUGCCGCAGGAGCAAGGAUCAUUGCCCCAGCGUCUGCAGCUUCGGUCUUCUCUUAUUCGAUGCGGGAAGGUCAUGAUGCAUGGUUGGUCUAUUACUACUUGAUGGCGAUUGCAUUUCUCGCUCUAGGUACUUCUCUGUUACUUCUUCGUGAUCCUAGUGUAUAGGAAAUCCGCCAAUAGCAUGAACGACC